AUGCAGACGCGAGCAGUUCAAGUCAUCUUGCUCAUAUGCUCGUUGAUCUUGGCCAUCAUUAUUCUCAUUGCCUCGUCCAAGUAUGCGGCAUGGUCACAUGAAAUGGUGCCGGGGCCAGGCAAAUGGCUACCCCUCGUAUUCUACGUCGGAACCAUCCCCUUCUUCUCCCUCCUCUACACGGUCUCUCACCUCGCGGCGCUGCAAUUCAACGGCCUCCCCUCGCCACCGUACCUCUACGGGCGCGCUUCUUCCAGCGGUGCUGCGCCGCAGCAGCAGGCAUAUGACGCGGGAUACACAGUGAGAUCGACAUUCUUGACCCUGUGCGUCUCCGUCGCACACACGCUGAUGUGGUUCUCCCAAUCCAUUCUGUGCACGAGCUGCGAACUGGCGCCCAUCCUCGCCGGCCACCAGGGCCAAGUGCCCCAGUGGUGUCCGCAGUCACGGUUCCACGACACGGGCAAUCCAAACCUGGCCAACAUGCUGGGCACGCUCGCGCCGGUCAAGGAUUUCUUGCAGUGGACCAUGUUCGCGCUGGCGGCGGCGCUGAUUGAGUGCGCGCGCCGCGAGUGGAUGCGGGCCGAGCACGUGCGCGCCCAGCAGACGAGGCUGAUGGGCGCCGGGGUGGACUUUGGCGGCUACGGCGACGGCGGCGGCGGCGGCGACUUUGUCAAAAAGACGACACCCAUGGCCGCCGCCGCCGCCGCCGGCGGUGUCGUCGAACUCGGCAACAUCAACAUCUCCGGGCCGAGACUCGUUUUUCGCGCCGAGGAAGCCGCGAGGCGGGAACAGGACGAGGCGAAGAAAAGAAGGCAGCAGGGCGCCAAUGGUGGUGGUAGGGGCGACAACAACAACGGCGCACCACUCCCUCCGGCGCCAGUGCUCCCACCAACCGGGAAGAAAAAGGACAAUUACUACGGCAACGGGAUGGGGUUGAAGAGGAGUGGGACCACGACGCUGAAUCACAUGUAUGAGUCGAGGGUAUGA